AAAACAUAAAGAAAAUAGAAAAUGGAAGCUUAGAAGAAUCUGAAAACUUUAACCUUUCUUUUAUUUUUUUUGUUUAUAAAAAUGAACUCUCAAUGAUUAUCCCCAUUCUUACCCAGAAAAUUUACACUUCAUUUUCAUGGCUGCUUCAAGCCUUUCACCAGAGCCAAGCCAGGAAGUGUUUCCAUGGCUGAAGUAUUUGCCCUUUGCUCCAGAGUAUAGGCCUACUUUGGUAGAGUUUCAAGAUCCAAUUGCUUAUAUUUUCAAGAUCGAAAAGGAGGCUUCCCAGUAUGGAAUCUGUAAGAUCAUACCUCCGGUGCCACCUGCUUCUAAAAAAGCUGCAAUUGGGAACCUCAAUCGGUCCCUUUUGGAACGUGCUGUUGUUAAUGCUAGCUCCGAUUCGAAACCCGCGCCUACAUUCACUACCCGCCAACAACAGAUCGGGUUUUGCCCUCGGAAGCAACGGCCCGUUUUGAAAUCGGUGUGGCAGAGUGGGGAAUACUAUACUUUCCAAGAAUUCGAAGCGAAAGCGAAGAAUUUCGAGAGGAAUUACUUGAAGAAAUACAGCAAAAAAGGUUCCCUUUCAGCUUUGGAAAUCGAAACCCUUUUCUGGAAAGCGACGGUUGACCAACCUUUUGACAUUGAGUAUGCUAACGACAUGCCUGGUUCAGCUUUUGCUGCUUUGAGCUCAAAGAAGAGUAGCGGUGGAGGGCGGGAAACAGGGGAAGGAGUUACGGUGGCGGAAACGCCGUGGAAUAUGAGAGCGGUUUCGAGGGCGAAAGGGUCGUUGUUAAGGUUCAUGAAAGAGGAGAUUCCGGGUGUUACUUCCCCUAUGGUGUACAUUGCAAUGUUGUUCAGUUGGUUCGCUUGGCACGUAGAGGAUCAUGAUUUGCAUAGCUUGAAUUAUUUGCAUAUGGGUGCUGGGAAAACAUGGUACGGUGUUCCCCGGGAUGCUGCCGUAGCUUUCGAAGAGGUCGUCCGGGUUGAUGGCUAUGCUGGAGAGUUCAAUCCUCUUGUUACCUUUUCUACACUUGGUGAAAAGACCACAGUGAUGUCUCCAGAAGUAUUUGUUCAUGCUGGAAUUCCGUGCUGCAGGUUAGUGCAAAAUGCUGGGGAAUUUGUUGUCACUUUCCCUAGAGCCUAUCAUUCGGGGUUCAGUCACGGAUUUAACCUUGGAGAAGCAGCUAAUAUUGCAACUCCAGAAUGGUUGAGAGUAGCCCGAGAUGCUGCUAUUCGAAGAGCUUCAAUUAAUUACCCUCCAAUGGUCUCCCAUUUCCAGUUACUUUAUGAUCUUGCACUCGAUUUAUGUUCAAGGGUACCUACGAACAUUGGUGCUAAACCAAAGAGUUCUCGCCUCAAGGAUAAGAAAAAAUGUGAAGGGGAAACCUUAGUUAAAGAAUUAUUUGUGCAGGAUCUCAUACAGAACAAUGACCUACUUCAUAUUCUUGGAAAAGGAUCUUCGGUGGUACUACUCCCCAAAAGUUCUACCGAUAUUUCUCUUUGUUCUGAAUCACGUGUAGCAUCCCGAUUAAGAAUAAACCCGAAGAUGUCACUCGGUUUAUGCCGCUACAAGGAAGCAAUGAAACCGUCACAAGUCUUAGCUUUUGAUGAGAUAAUGCAAUGCAAGAAUGAAGAAAUCAAGGGAAUAAAAGGUUUCUAUUCGGUGAAAGGAAAAACUGUUUCUACAUAUGAAGUUGAUCGAGAUUCUUCUUUUACUGGAGCUGAUUAUUUGUGUAAGGUGCCAUCACAGACCUUAAAUGCGAACAUUGAAAGAGAAAGUUCUGUUCAAGGUGAUACAUUGUCGGAUCAGAGACUGUUUACAUGUGUCACGUGCGGAAUAUUAUGCUUUGCUUGUAUUGCUGUACUUCAACCGACCGAACAAGCAGCUAGAUACCUCAUGUCAGCAGAUUGUAGCUUUUUUAAUGAUUGGACCUUUGGUUCUGGAGUAACAUGUGACAGGUUCACCGCUACUCAUGGGGAUGGAAUCACUUCAGAGCAAAAUCCUUCCACAAGGGGGAUGAAUAAAACUGCCCCAAAUGCUUUAUACGAUGUACCUGUUCAAUCUGUUGAGGACAAGUUUCAGAUGAAAAAUCAAAGUAAAGAAGUUCCGGAAGAUACUAAAGAAAGGAGAAAUACUUCUGCUCUUGGUCUAUUAGCUUCAACAUACGGAAAUUCAUCUGAUUCCGAAGAUGAUAAUGUUGAACCAAAAGCUACUGCCUCUGGUGAUGAGACGAAUUCAACAAACACUAUACCGGGAAGGAAACUUCAACAUAAUGAUUUCAAGGAGGAAGCUCCGGUCCAUGUUUUCGAUUGUGAUCCUGAACCUGGAUCUAAAAGAAGCCCUCCAACAAUCAACCAAGAGUUGGUAUCAAAUGGUUUGGGGGAUAAAUGUAGUGAUCCAACCAUAGAAUCUCACGGUGCAGAGAAAAUGAGGUUUAGUAAGGCCUUUACACAAAUGGAAAAUGCAGAUAGUCCGUUUGCUCCAAACUCCGAUGAAGAUUCUUCUCGGAUGCAUGUCUUCUGUCUCGAGCAUGCUAUAGAAGUAGAACAACAACUUCGUCAAAUAGGUGGAGUUCAUAUAUUUCUCCUUUGUCAUCCAGAAUAUCCCAAGAUCGAAGCGGAAGCUAAGUUGGUGGCUGAAGAGUUGGGAAUCGAUUAUCUUUGGAACAACAUCUUAUUUGGGGAUGCUACUAAGGAUGAUGAGGUGAGGAUCCGGUCAGCUCUUGAUAGUGAGGAUGCCAUACCUGGAAACGGUGACUGGGCAGUAAAGCUGGGAAUCAACUUAUUUUAUAGUUCCAAUCUCAGCCAUUCUAUGUUGUACAGUAAACAGAUGCCAUAUAAUUCCGUUAUAUACAGUGCAUUUGGCCGUAAUUCUCCUACUAGCUCACCGACAAAGUUGAAUUCUUAUGGGCGGAGGUCUCGGAAGCAGAAAAAAGUAGUGGCGGGAAAAUGGUGUGGUAAAGUUUGGAUGUCAAAUCAGGUUCAUCCAUUUUUGACACAAAGGGAUCCCGGGGAGCAAGAACAAGAAAAAAGCUACCAUGCUUGGGCAACUUCGGAUGAAAAUCUUGAGAGUAAACCAGAAAAUAUUCGGAAAGCAGAAACAUCCAAGGUGGCUAAAAGGUUUACUAGAAAGAGCAAAACAAGGGCGGGGACUACACCAAGCAAGAAAGCGAAAUGCAUCGAGCCAGAGAGUGUAGUUUCGGAUGAUUCAUUGGAUGGUAAUUCUCUUAGGCAGCAACAGAGAUUUUUUAGGGGCAAAAAACCUAAACUAAUCGAGAAAGAGAAGGAAAUUUCGUAUGAUUCAUUAGAUGAUGAUUCUCUUCUGCAUCAUAGAGAUCUCUCUCGAAGAAAAGGGGCCAAAUUUAUCGAAAGGGAAGCUUCUGAAUCCGAGGAUGCGGAGGAGGAUUCUGAUGAUCAACAGUUCCGGAAAAAUCUCGGAGGCAAACAAGGGAAAUAUAUUGUAGAAAAUGAUGUGGUUUCUGGUGAUUCACUUGACAAAACUUCUGCCAAGCAGUAUCGGAGGAUUCCUAGAAGCUGCCUGGCCAAAUUCAUGAAGAGAGAAGGUUCUGUAUCGGCUGAUGAACAAGAGGAAAUUUCCCAUCAGUUUCAUAAGCGAAUUCCAAGAGGCAGACAUAUCAAGUUGUUUGAAAGGAGGCUUGCUGUCUCAGAUGACUCGCGAGCAGACAAUUCCCUUAAGCAGUACCGAAGAAUGCCUAAAGGCAAGCGAGCAAAGUUUUUCGAGAGAGAAGAAGCAAUGUCGGAUGAUGCAUCAGAUAAUGAUGAUUCUCAAACUCAGCAUAGGAGGAUUCCUAGUGGCAAGCAAAUGAAGUGCAUGGAAAGAGAGGAUGAAUUUUCUGAUGAUUCACUCGAGGAUAAUCCUCAACAGCAACAUAGGAGGAUUGCUCAAAGAAAAGUAUCCAAAUUUUCUGAUCAAGAAGACAUAGUUUCUUUCGAUUCAUUGAAGGGUAAUUCUCAUCGACAGCAUAGGAGGAUUCCUAGAAGUCAGCUAACCCAGUUUAUCGAGAGGGAAGAUGCAGGUUCAUCGGAUUCUCCAGAUGAUAGUUCUCUUCAGCAACUUAGGAGGAUUUUGAGAAGUAAGCAUGCUAAAAUUCUUGAGAAGGAAGAUGCAGUCUCCGAUGAUUCAGAUGAUACUUCUCCACAGCAGUUUAGGAAGACUCCGAGAAGCCGGCAAGGGAAAUCUAUUGAAAGUGAGGAUGUAGUUUCAUAUGAUUCAUCGGACGAGAACUAUGGUCAACCGAAUAGUAGUUUUAGAAGCAGAAAAAAGAAAGCCCCAACACCACGACAAACAAAACAAAAAGCCCCUAAGAAUGUGAAACAAGGGAAACGUCGGACAACAAAACAAGUAAUCUCUCAGCAAAGCAAACAAGACACUCGUCGGAAUCGGAAUACCAAAAUUGAGCAAAGUGCUAGACAGGACAAUUCAUAUGAUGAAGAUGAGAUAGAAGGUGGACCCAGCACGCGCCUUAGGAAAAGAGCUCGAAAGCCUUCAAAAGAGCCGGAAACAAAACCUAAAGUGAAGAAGCAAGCUCUGAAGAACAAAGCAAAGAGUGCUUCAAAUGCGAAAGUAAGAGACGAGGAAGCAGAAUAUCAAUGUGACAUGGAAGGUUGCACCAUGAGUUUUGGCUUGAAACAAGAGCUCGUCCUCCACAAAAAGAACAUUUGUCCGGUAAAAGGGUGCGGAAAGAAGUUCUUCUCACACAAAUAUCUAGUUCAGCAUCGACGAGUUCAUAUGGAUGACCGACCUCUUAAAUGUCCAUGGAAGGGCUGCAAGAUGACGUUCAAGUGGGCAUGGGCUCGAACGGAACACAUCAGGGUCCACACUGGUGCUCGUCCUUACGUGUGUGCUGAGGAAGGCUGUGGUCAAACAUUUCGUUUUGUGUCGGAUUUCAGUCGUCACAAAAGGAAGACUGGUCAUUCAUUGAAGAAAGGUAAAGAGAUAAAACAUGAAUCACGAAAACUGUAAAACUAACAUUUCUGAUGAACCCGUUGCUUGAUCAGCAAGGUAGGUUAGGUGAAGAGAAGGUUAGGCCCCCAUUGUUGCCAUUUAGAAAACUGUUAAUUAUGUUUUGUUCAUGGGGUUUUAUCAUGUCCAUUCAUUCACUUGCAAAUCAGACCAGUUGCUUGGAUCUUGAA